ACAAACUCUUAACUGUGUGCAACACUGAGGGAAUUGUACUCAGUGUGAUACAUGGGGCUCACAUGACUGCACGAGCCACCAGGGUGCCCCGAGAUCACUGACAUUUCUAAACUCUUUUGACUAAACUCUUUUUUUUUAUAUUUUUACUUUUUAAGACUAACAGAGAGCCAAAGUCAAAUUGUAACUGUUUGGAAGAAAGUCUGAUGAAAGAAAUGCUCAAUAGGACAAGACUGAGUUACAGGACUGAAACAGAGGCUCACUUGGGGAUGACGUUGUGACUUUUUCUCUCAAUGACACUCUGGCAUUUAAAGAGGGGAACAAACUCUUAACUGUGUGCAACACUGAGGGAAUUGCACAUAUACAGUGAACACUUUAAAAGCAAUGCACCCUGUUCUCUAAAUACUGUUUGACAGCCUUGUGUUUCUUUUUUACUACAAAAUGAGUAAUAUAUCUAGUAUAGUUGUAUUUUCACUGUCUGGCUUCAGUGCAACAGUCAACUACAGAGUCACUCUUUUCUCUCUCACUUUACUAUGUUAUUGUUUAAUUGUGGUGGUAAAUGUGUCUCUUAUUUUAACCAUAAUACUGGAUCAAAACUUACAUGAACCCAUGUACAUGUUUUUGUGUUCUUUGUGCAUCAAUGGACUUUAUGGGACUGCAGGCUUUUACCCCAAAUUUGUUUCUGAUCUUCUGUCUGAUACUCAUGUCAUAUCAUAUGCAGGAUGCCUUUUGCAAGUCUUUGUUAUAUACUCCAAUGCAAAAACUGACUACUCUAUUUUAGUGCUAAUGGCAUAUGACAGAUAUGUGGCUAUAUGUCGACCCCUGGAGUAUCACUCUGUGAUGUCUGUGCGAAGGACUGCUGUGUUACUCAGUUUGUCCUGGCUCUUACCUCUGUGCAUUGAGGCUUCGGUUAUAGGUCUAACAUCUACGCUAAAAUUAUGUGGCUCCCACAUACAGAAACUGUAUUGUGAGAACUGGUCAAUUGUUAAACUUGCUUGUGGUUCGACAAAAGUAAACGACAUUGUCGGACUGAUUAUUAUCACUUUUUAUUUAUUUCAUGCUCUCUUCAUUGGAUGUUCAUAUGUUUGGCUCGUAAAGUCAGCUUUAAAGUCUAGAGAAGGUAGAAAAAAGUUUACACAGACAUGUGUGCCACAUUUAUUAUGUCUUCUCAAUGUCACAGCUGCUUUGCUUUUUGACACCAUGUACUCAAGGUAUGGAUCAGCAUCUAUGCCACAGACUCUAAGGAACUUCAUGGCCAUACAGUUUCUCAUAAUUCCACCGUUUCUCAACCCUAUAAUUUAUGGACUGAUUCUGACUAAAAUUAGAAACAGAAUGAUACAUUUAUGUAAGAUGGCAGGUCAAAGAUUUAAAUUGACACUCAAAGUCUGAUACGUGUAACAACUCAACUACCACUACAUUUUGAACAAACAUAGGGUUGUUAUGAUGCAACAUUUCUUCAGUUUUUAUCUAUUUAAUGGGGUUAAACUGAGAAAAAGCGUUUUAGGUUUCAGUGGACAACAAAGGUGUUUUCAGAUCAGCUCAUAAACUCAUAAACAUCGUAUCAGGGAGCUAGGUUGUCAGAGAUUUGACUUUGAGGCAUUUCAAUAUUAGAAAGAUUAGAAAUAAGGUGAACAAUUAAAAGUAUUUUAAGCUCACAGUAAGGUCAGUAAACCCUGACAGCUUUAUUCUAGUAGUCCCUACAGGGAUUAUGUGAGAAUAUUAGGCAUGAUUUGAAAUUAUAAACAAAGUCUUUUUUUGUGUGUUUUUAUGAUUCAGUUGUUUUAGACACACGCACGCACUGCUUAUAUAUUUGUCCUGAUUUAUAUAACCUCCUUUCAUUUUCUCGACAGAGAAAUAUUAUCAAUAACAACUGUCAUAUUUAAUGCUGGCUGUUAUUUUCUGUGCACACUGAAAUGUAAUAAGUCACCUAAAUAAUUAAAUCCUUUUUUGUUAAGA